CUCUCUCUCUCUCUCCAAUUUCUUGAAGUACUGCAGAGACGGAGCUGCAGCGCUUAAACACCGUCAGCUCUUGCUUUAGUUGCCGGAUAUCUUUGCAACACAAAUAAAUGUGUAUUCAUUAGCAACGGCGGGCGUCUCGUAAUGGAGAACCAACAGCGGCAUCUCAUCUGCUCUGCUCCCUUAAAGGACUCAUGAGAGCCAUAAAGGCAAAAGCACUUCUUCUGUGGUGACUGCAGACCUCUUCCCCUCCACCAUCUAAUCAUGGAUGAUAUAGCUCCACAAGACACGUCUUCCCUCAUGAAGGGGGCCAGAGUCAUUGCUAAGGAGGCCAAACGACAAGCUGUUAAGAAGGUCAACAAAGUUGUGGACCGUGCCUCAGAUGAGUACUCCCAUAGUCGCACCUACCAGCGCUUCCAGGAUGAAGACGAUGACUACUACAGCCAGCCGGAUGGGAACUACACAGGAGACCACGCCAAUGAUGAAGAGGGAUCCAGUGACGCCACUGAGGGUCACGAUGACGAGGAUGAGAUAUAUGAAGGGGAGUACCAGGGGAUCCCCUCGGAUGCAAAGGCCAGAGAUGGACAGGUGGCUCUGGGACAGCCGCUGGCAGAUGGCCUGAAGGACCAGAGAGAGCUGGAGAACGAGAGGCAGGCAGAUGAGGAGGAGCUGGCGCAGCAGUACGAGCUCAUCAUUCAGGAGUGUGGACAUGGCAGGUUUCAGUGGCAGCUGUUCUUCACUCUGGGCUUUGCGCUCAUGUCUGAUGGUGUGGAGGUCUUCGUGGUGGGCUUUGUUCUGCCUAGUGCAGAGACGGAUAUGUGUGUGCCUGACUCAAGCUCUGGAUGGCUAGGCAGCAUUGUGUAUUUGGGGAUGAUGGUAGGGGCCUUCUUCUGGGGCGGCAUGGCUGACAAGGUGGGCAGACGGCAGUGUCUGCUGAUGUGCAUGUCCAUGAAUGGCUUCUUCGCCUUCCUGUCUUCUUUUGUGCAGGGCUAUGGCUUCUUCCUGCUCUGUCGCAUGAUAGCUGGCUUCGGCAUUGUGUAUUUGGGGAUGAUGGUAGGGGCCUUCUUCUGGGGCGGCAUGGCUGACAAGGUGGGCAGACGGCAGUGUCUGCUGAUGUGCAUGUCCAUGAAUGGCUUCUUCGCCUUCCUGUCUUCUUUUGUGCAGGGCUAUGGCUUCUUCCUGCUCUGUCGCAUGAUAGCUGGCUUCGGUUCCAUCAACUGGAAAAGACACGCCACACUCAUCUCUUAUGUAAUCAAUCAAUCAGCAUUGGACAAAAGAAAUGGACGUGUUCACUCAGACAAUAAUCACUGCUGGAGUUUCAGUAUGGGCUCAGCUUAUCAGUUCCACAGCUGGAGGGUGUUUGUGGUGGUGUGCGCCCUCCCCUGCGUCUGUGCCGUGGUGGCCUUAACGUUCAUGCCAGAGAGCCCAAGGUUCUACUUGGAGGUGGGGAAGCACGACGAGGCCUGGAUGAUCCUCAAGCAGAUUCAUGACACAAACAUGCGAGCGCGUGGACAGCCCGAGAAAGUCUUCACCGUGAACAGAAUUAAGAUCCCAAAGCAGAUUGAUGAGUUUGUCGAGAUGCAGACCGAAUCUGGCAACUUUUUCUCAAAAGUGAUCUUCAGGAUAAAGACUGAGCUUCAUGGGAUUUGGUUAAACUUCUUGAAGUGUUUUAAUUAUCCAGUGAAAGACAGUACAGUCAAACUUGCUAUUGUGUGGCUCACACUGUCAUUUGGGUAUUAUGGUUUAUCCGUGUGGUUCCCUGACGUCAUCAAACAUCUUCAGGCCGAUGAAUACGCCUCCAAAGUACAAAGGCAUAACAAUGAGCGCAUUGAAGACUUCACCUUCAAUUUCACCCUUGAGAACCAGAUACACACUAAUAGCUUAUUUAUCAAUGACAGGUUCAUAGGUAUGAAAUUCAAGUCUGUCACUUUCAUCAAUUCCACUUUUCAGAGCUGCUUUUUUGAGGAUGUGACAUCAGUUGGAUCUUUCUUUCGAAACUGCACAUUUAUUGAGGCUGUCUUCUAUAACACUGAUAUUGACGACUCCAAACUUAUAAACACAGAUGUCGUAAACAGCACAUUUUACCACAACAAAACAGGCUGUCAAAUGACAUUUGAGGAUGAUUAUAGUGCAUACUGGGUCUACUUCGUCAAUUUCUUGGGAACACUGGCUGUUCUGCCCGGUAACAUCGUAUCUGCACUUCUCGUGGACAAAAUUGGCCGCUUGUCAAUGUUAGGGUUUUCCAUGAUUCUGUCUGGUAUCAGCUGCUUCUUCCUGUGGUUUGGCACCAGUGAGUCGAUGAUGAUUGGGAUGCUGUGCUUGUACAAUGGGCUGAGUAUUUCCGCCUGGAACUCCCUGGAUGUUGUGACAGUAGAGCUGUACCCUACGGACAGAAGAGGAACUGGAUUUGGCUUCUGUAAUGCCUUGUGCAAGCUAGCCGCAGUGAUGGGAAAUCUGAUUUUUGGAUCUUUAGUGGGCAUCACCAAAGCCAUCCCCAUUCUUCUGGCCUCCUCAGUGCUCGUAGGCGGAGGUCUGGUGGGAUUGCGACUACCUGACACCAGGUCAAAUGUCCUCAUGUAACCCUUGUCGGAGGUCUGGAGAAACUUAAAAGGCUUGACUUAACCCUCAUUCCUCAUUGUUGUACACUGUGUACUUGUAUUGUGUUCAUAACAAGAUACUUCUCAAUUAGGCACCAUCAUAUUUUGACAAUCUUUAGACUUUCGUUGCAAUAAUAAAACUUCUGCACCUUUAUACUGUACAGUGCAUUUAACCAAGACCCUCAUGUUUCCUUGUGACUUUGGCCCAGGAAUGAAUGUGAGCGUAAAUAUUAAUGUCCCCUUAUUAAGACUUGAGCAAAACAACCUAUUAAUGAGCAGUCCAAACCUGCUGCAAGUAUGCAGAGAGGAUGAUCAGAUACGCCGAAAGCUCAGCACAGCUGCAUCACACCUGGCUGACUGAAUACUGAGAAUUACUAAAGAGAUGAGAGACUGAGACCGGUCUACUGGUAAACAACUCUUUAUUCAGUUAUUAGUUUCCGGAUUUGACUACACAUAGUGAAAACAUCAUUCAGAUAUGGUAUCAUACAUUUCUAAUGAAAGAGAAUAUGGUUUUGUUAUUGAAUCACUUUGUUGAUUCACUGAGUAUUGAGUAAGUUGAUGACGAGGUUAAAUUUUUACAGUAUUAUUACUGUAUUUUUUUUAAACAAGCAAUCCUUUUGCAUAUGUACUCCAACCUCUGAUGAAAAAGGCCACAACUGUGCACUCAUGCUCAAAGUACAUGUAUAAAGUUCCUCCGGCCAUAUUUAUAAAAAACUAAAAAUCCCAUUUUGUGCUCUGCAGAUGUUUUGUUUAUAUGCAGUGGAGUAUGUUUUGUUCAUAAGCUUUUUAUUGCAAGCCUAUUUGAUUUCAUAUACAACAGGCGUGUGUUAUCUGACUUGUUCUGCCAAUUUGUGAUUUGUCUAACAGCGAAUGGCCUUUUGAAACUGUGCCUCUCCUACAUAAGAUCAUCAUCACGUAUGAACUUGAGGUGGCUGCUGUAUUUGAUAUCAUAGAGUGUGCAUCUGCCAGGGUCACUCAUGCAAACCAUUUUACAAUCUGACAGAAUGGACUGAUGAGAAUCAGGCUGGCGAUGUCCCGGAAAGCCUCUUUUAUGUACAGUGUCAAAGACUCAUCUUGUUGACAUGACAGGUUUGUUGGUGCAGAGGGAAUUUAGAGGGCCCGCCUCAACAUAUGGGGUCUGCAAUCUGUGGAGAGGGGAAGAGAGAUGUGUUUGAUAACCACAUGACACGCGAUUCAUUUACAAGUUUCAUUUCCAGGCCAAGUGAAGAAAAUUCUGUUUUGGUUUCUUCUCCAAAAUGACUUAGAUAUUUCAAUAUAGAUUUACAUACACUACCAUUUAAAAGUUUGGGGUUAAAAUUUAAAUUUAAGAAAUUACAGGUAGUAAUUUAAAC